UUCGGAAUACCUUUAUGGGGGGAAGAGUUUUUGACUUUGGAUAAACGCAGACCAAAUCUCGUCGGGGCAAGAGUGCGGUAUCAGAUCCGGUUUUUUUUCGGUUCAGCGUUGUGAAGACGUGAAUAUUUCUCAUAUAACAUCGGAAGGAUGAAUAUGAAAAAGUUGAAACUUCAGUGAAACACAAUUUAAUUACCUUCUCUCGUAUAAACCUGUCUACAUUGUUCCAAAUAAUUACUCCCAGAGUGAGUGUUUGAUGAUGAAAAAACCCCAAAGCUACUCGAAGCGUCAAGUGUAGAGGAUUCCUUCCUGAUCGUUGCCCUUGCAUAUGUUUGUGGAAUUUCAAAACGAGAGCAAAAGUUAGCACCGGCUUCGGAACAAGUGUUUAACAAAGUGGAAAAUUUCAAAUUGGGAAAAACGAAACCGAACGAAAAUCUUCGCAGUGAAAUUUGCAACCCUCGAGUGCUGCUGGUGCUACAUUUAUGUGUUGUGUACAUUUGGUGUUGGGACUCAUGAAUGUGCAAUAAGUGCGCCGGCUGUUGGCGAGGCAGGAAAAAAAUAGUUAAAUAAAAACGAUCCCGAUUGAUGGUGCCGGUUGAUUACAUCAAUCAAGUGGAAAUACGAGCACAUGGCAGCGGCAGUCGCUUCCAGUUCUACGGCUCAGCCCCCGGCCACAGCUGCUGCUCCUGGUGUAGGAUCCGGUGCCAAUAUUCCGGGCAGUUCCGGCAGCAGCUCGUCCCUAACGAAUGCACAUACAGAUGAGCGGCUGGUGGUCGCCGUCCGGAUUCGUCCUCUGGCGGAUAGUGGUGGUGAGCCGGGUUGUGUCCAGGUUCUGUCCCAUCGGACGCUCCAGUUUGACGAGGGCAUUCGCAGCAAGCCGAAAAAGUACAACUACGAUUAUGUUUUCAGCGAGCGAUCCAGUCAGGAGGAAGUUUACCAAACAACGACCGCACCGCUUGUUCAGGACGUUCUGAAUGGCUACAAUGCAGCGGUUUUUGCCUACGGCGCCACCGGUUCUGGCAAGACGCACACCAUGCUGGGACCGAACCCCAAACGAGCCACCUUUGACUCGCAACAGCCGGGGUUCCCCUCGUCUUCUGCUUCCGGGUCCGGUUCGUCUGGUCCGCUUAGGUCCGCCGACAAUGGGCUGAUGAUAAAGGCGGUCGAGGAUAUUUUCAAAUUCAUCGAAGACUCCAAGAGCCCGGAUAAGUUUAAGAUAUCACUAUCAUAUUUGGAAAUCUACAACGAACUGAUCCGUGAUCUGCUGAAUCCCGGUGGUCCCUUGGAACUUCGUGAGGACAAUAAGGGCAACCAAUCGGUGGCGGGACUGUCGGAAAUUUCGACACCCAGCCGGCAGGAGGUGAUCCAGCUGCUGAUGAAGGGAAACAAAGCCCGAACGGUGGAACCGACGGCCGCCAAUCAGACCUCUUCCCGGAGCCACGCUUUACUCAGCAUCACAGUUCAGAAUCAAACUCCCAUUGGAACAAAGCAGGGUCGGUUGUUUUUGACGGAUUUGGCCGGAUCGGAGCGGGCUCGGAAAACAAAAAAUCGUGGCAAAAGACUUCAAGAGGGGGCUCACAUCAAUCGGAGUUUGUUGGCUCUAGGGAACUGUAUCAACGCUUUGGCUGGUGGGGCUCGCUAUGUGAACUAUCGCGAUUCCAAGCUCACACGUUUGCUCAAGGAAGCACUCAGUGGUCGUUGUAAAACGGUCAUGAUAGCUCAUGUUGCCCCGGAGGCUAAACACCGUGACGAAACUAAAAACACUUUGGUGUAUGCCGAUCGAGCAAACCACAUCACAACUCGUCUACAGAAUCCAACUAUCCUGGAGGAAAACCGAGAUCUUCCGUUGACACACUAUCAAACUUUGGUGUCGGAGUUGCGAGAUGAAGUUGGUCGAUUAAAGGCGAAAAUGCUAUCCGAUCGGCCCAGGAGUGGAGUUGCCCUCCACAGAAAUGAGCCGUCAAAUCCGAUCGAGGAUCAACAAAAGAAGAUGGAGCUAAAGUAUUUGCGGGAACAAAUCGUUCAAACAUUCAAACAGCAGAUGCGUUUGAGGAGACGUUUGCUGGAGGCUGACAGUCAUCUGUUGGGACUGGAGCUAGACGCCGAGAGGCAGCACAUGGUGAUCUCGCAUUGGCAAAGUCGGCAGGGAAAACUGUACGAUCGGAUGGAGGAGGAUGAUGAAUCGGAUUCAGAAGGAAACUCCGCAUUGCGGUCGGCUUGGAAUGAACUUUCGGCUAUUGAGAAAGAGGUGAAACGAUACAAAGAAAUCCGCAUCACCACUGAGCAUGAUCUAGAGGAAUGUCGCAAAAAAGGCGUGGAGCUGGAAGAUGAACUCCCGGAACGGAUCACCAGCGACGAGGAACGGGAACUGCUUUCGCUACUUUGUCGAGUUCACGAGCUGGAAGCGGAUAAAGUGUCGCUGCAGGCGGAACGUCUGGCCCGGCAGGCCGAAUUACGCCGCCGAGAUCUACAGCUGCUCCGGGCAGAACGGCAACGGCGACUCUGCGAGGACAUUAUCAGCACCCAGCGGCGGAUCAUCGAAGAAGGUAAGGUCGAACUGCCGGAGGAUCUGCGGGAGCUGUACGCUCUCUAUCAGCAGGAGAUUCACGCCAGCACCUACACCAGUGGCCUUUACAGUCGAGGUGGAUAUUAUGAGAGCAGCAAAUUGCCACCGAUUUAUAACCAGGAACCGGGCAUCAAUUCCCCGGGCAGUUCCAGCAGUGCCUCUUCGGAGUGGUCCCCCUCAUCGCCACUUCCUCCGAUCGAUUCCGAGGGCAAUGUGGCUGCCAACGUGGACCGACUGAUGGGACCUCCGGUGGGACCAAGGUUGCCCUCAAUCAGCCGACUCCGGACCAGCAGCUAUCGGAGCAGCGCCACCCAGAGCACGUCGAGCGAUGAUUAGUUAACAUCAACUGCGGGCGCAAGCCCAUCGUUGUCGUUUCUGUCAUCUCAAUUUGCCUCAUUAGAUUAAUUCUGUCAACGGAUUACUACAGGCGGAGAGUUCAAGCAAAAAUUGGGUGGAAUGUCGUAAUAAAAAAUGCAUCAAAGAUUCAGUUGGACGUUUUUCGUCGACUCACUCCGUUCUGAGUUUUCUGUUCGGUUUAAUCCAAACAAUAAGAUGAACUCCUCAAUAACAGUUUAAAGACAGCAAUAUCGUUAUCCAACAAGUAAAUGUUUA